GGGUGGAUCUUUCCAUGAAUUUCAAGUUUUCUCUUCAACCACGUUCUUCCGAAAAUGCAUUAGCUUCCAUUUUAAUGUUCCCAUCAAAAUUGAAUUUGGAAAUUUGGUGCAUGAGAAUUUUUAGUAUAGAAACAAGACACAACCAAUAAAGGAAAAUGAAAUAGUUGGGAGAUUUGGAUGUGUUUUUGUGUUAGAUGUUGGUAAUGCCUAAAAUUAACCAAAGAAAAGGUGACGUAGUACACAAAUAUAGCAACACUAACUAUCACAACCACAACCACAAUUAUCUUUUCUCAUUCUUAUUCUUUUUUCUUUUUCUCUUUCUCUUUCUCUUUCCUUUUCUUACCUAUUUCUAAACAUAGCAAGCCUGAGAAAGAAACACACACAAAAACCGUUGUCUUUAGUCCUUCCUAACUGUUUUUCAGAGAUAAACAAAACGUGAAUUCCCUAAAUUUCUCUUGACCAAAAGAAAAUAAAAAGAAACAAUUUGCAACAAGAAAAAAUCGUGACAAUGGCAUAAAAAAUGGUGAUGCUAUAAGAAAAGGAAAAAAGAAUAAGAAGGUAGAAGAGGCAACGGACAUGGAAGACAGUCGCAGAGGAUCAUCUUCAACACCACAAUCUCGAAGGAUCAUGGUGAUCGCUGACCCAACCCGUGAAUCCGCAGCUGCUCUUCAAUACGCUCUUUCACAUGCCGUGCUUGAGCAAGACGAGCUUAUUCUCUUCCAUGUUGAAAACAAUGGUGGCUCAUGGAAAAACGCGUUCUCGAGUUUUUUGAGAUUACCAAGCUCCAGCUCCUCCUCAAACACCAGCGGGUCUUCACCAGGAGCUGCUAAUUUUAAUGCUAGCACAGCAAACUCCGCUUCAUCUUUGGCCUCAGAAAUUGGUCAAGGAGAAGGAAAUUUUCUUGAACAGAUGAGACGGAUAUGUGAAGUCGCUCAGCCAAAGGUGCCUGUGCACACCGAGUGUAUAACCAUGGAAGGCAUCAAAGCUGCAGCUAUUCUUCUUCACGGAGAGAAACUUGGGGUUGAUGUUAUAAUCAUUGGUCAGCGGAGGACAAUAUCAUCCUCCCUUCUAGGAUCUAGGCGACCUGGAGGGUCUCUAAGAGGGUCAAAAGGAGUAGACACAGCGGAAUAUCUAAUCGAGAAUAGCAAAUGCACAUGUGUUGGUGUACAGAAGAAAGGUCAAAAUGGAGGGUAUGUUCUAAACACCAAGACCCACAAGAACUUUUGGCUCUUGGCGUGAUCAUUCUCAAUGCUCCUAGUCAGUUUCAUAAUUCAUAAAUGUAGCUAAAAAGGAAAUUAUUAAAAUUUACCUGUCAUCUUCACUUGUUUGUUUCAUGUUCUCUAACUUCAGUAGAUGAAGUGUUAUGGAGGCAAACAUAAAUGAACUAUUUAUUUUACCAGGUUCAAUGUUAGCCAGAUUGUGUACACCCAUACCUUCAAAACAAGUUUUUCUGACAAUAAUUAGUUUCAACUACCGUGUCAACCUAAGGCUUUACGUAUGCUUCAACACAAACCUUAUGUUUGCAUAUAUAUAAUCGUUGAUUCAUACCUCAACACUUAAUUGUGGUCCCUAUCCGAAUAUGCAUUAGCAACAUUUGCUAAACCUAUCUUUUCUUUUCACACUAAAAGUUUCAUUCAUCAUUUGACGGAUACAGUGGUGGAAUACCUUUUUGAGAUACAAAUCGGCAGUACAAAAGGAUGACUCCGGAGACAUUUGCCGGUGAAAACCAUAAGUUUUCCCAGAACCAAAUCCCUAAGAAAGGGAGACUAAAACAACACCAAAAUUAACUAGCGGAGGCUGGAUCCUAGAGAAAACAACAAUGACUACGAAAGCAAAAGAGAAAGGUGGACACAACUGAGAACACAAAUCAACCUUCACCUUGAAAAUAAUUUAGUUCUCUCUAUAGACUAAUCAACUAAUCGUUUCUUCAUGAUAAGCUGGCUAUGACGUGGCCAGUGACUCCUAAACAAAAAUAAUAUUUAUAACAAAAAGUAAAUUAAUAAUAUAUAAAUAUAUAACAAUGACAUAUAAAACAGAAAAAAACAUAUUGUCAUCGUCUUUCACACAUAUAUGUUGUUGGAGAUAAGCUUAAAGAUAACUUGGAAUCUAAGUUAUCCUAAUGAGUUUAGGAUGAAAAAGGAAAUAU